AUGUCAAGUGGUUGUGACAGACGAGGUAAACGCUGCGUUGCUUUCGGGUGCUGGAACACGAACCUUGACGGUGUUUCGCUUCACGCAUUCCCCCUCGACAGACCGUCUUUGAGCAAACUUUGGACGAAGUUUGUUCGGGUGAAGAGAGCUAAAUGGCAUGGUCGUACGAAGCAUUCUGUGCUUUGCUCAGUGCAUUUCACAGACGAGUGCUACCCGGCAAAAUACAAGUUUAUGCGUGCGAUGGGACAAGUUCCCGGAAGAAAAACUUUGCACAAAGAUGCCGUGCCAACAAUUCAUACCGGCGUCCUGGCGGAGAGUAUUAGUAACAAGACUGAUACAAGUCAAGCGUAUCCGGCUGUCUCAACACCUAAAAGGCCAAGGAUUGCUUUUCUUAAAAGAGAAAAUGCUAGGGUAACUCUGCAGUAUUCGGAGGACACCCAUGACGAGGACACAAGCCACCAAGUACAGGACACUGAUUCUCUUACCGACAGCUCUAUUCAGACUUUAACCAAGGCUAAGACUGUUAGAACAUAUGGUACUCAAAUAUCUUACAAGCAGCCUAAUAAGAGAAGUGUGCAUGUACAAGUAAGGCCCUUUGGAUCAAAUAAAGUUUGCCAGACAGAGAUGUUGCAUCCUCCAGAAAGAAGAAGCGUUCAAGUACAAUGUGAUCUCCUGAAACCAAACCAAACAAUACAAGUACAAGAACCACCCCCAGACAAUGAACUUGACACAACUUGGUCAAGUUUAGAGUCCAAUGCAACAACUGAUUCUGAUGAGACAUAUGAACAGUCAGAAUGUGAAUCACAAGCUUCAUGUUCGAGUGCUGAUGAUUGGUGUAUGCAGAAAAAUAGAUUCUUUGUUGCUGGGGAAGCUCAACUCAUGAAUCUAUUCCACACAUGUACCAGAUGCUCUUCACCUACAUUAGGUGAAAUCACACACAUAUGUGGCACAAUGGUAAGAGUGGAGCAGAAUUGUGUUUUUUGUGGACUAAGCACAAAAUGGAACAGCCAAUCCAUGAUAGGUUCCAUUCCAAGUGGAAAUCUUAGACUUUCUUGUGGAAUUUUGUUAGCUGGGGCAUUAGCAUCAAAAACUUUACGUGUCCUACAGUUUAUGAAUAUGCCAAGUAUUUCAACGGAUACUUUCAUGAAACAUCAAAGGUACUACCUCCAACCAGCAGUAAUGGAAGUAUGGGGAAACAUGCGUGGAAAGUACAUUGAUGAUGCACUUCAAAAUGGAAGGUCACUUUGCAUAGGUGGAGAUGGGAGGUGUGACACCCCUGGCCAUAGUGCUAAAUUUGGCUCAUAUUCAGUCAUGGACCUUGAUAAUGGUACUAUGAUUGACAUACAGCUUGUGCAGAGUAACGAGGUGAAAAGUAGCUGCCACAUGGAGAAGGAAGGUUUGGCAAGGAGUGUGGCAUAUUUACAGGGUCAAGGUAUUAAUAUCUACAAAAUAGUCACAGACCGUCAUGUUCAAAUAAUUAAAUGGGUCAGAGAGAACAUGACAGAUACUCAACACUGUGUGGAUGUGUGGCAUGUUGCUAAAGGUCUACAGAAAAAAAUGCUAGCUCUUUCUAAAGAGAAAGAGUGUGGUAUAUUACAAGACUGGAUCAAAAGUGUCACCAAUCAUCUUUAUUGGACUGCUGCCUCAACACCUGAUGGAAAUGGUGAUUUGAUGAUGGACAAAUGGACAUCUGUUGGAAACCACAUCCAAAAUAUUCAUGAGGGGCAUGGAACUUUCUUUCCCAGAUGUGAACAUGACGAUUUAACAAGACAAGAGAGAAGAAAGCGAUGGUUAAAACCAGGAACUAAACCCUUAGAGAAAUUGAUAACGCUCCUCAAUUCUCGACAAAUGAAGAAAGAUAUACCUAAGUUGUCAACAAUACAACAGACUUCAGAACUGGAAGGAUACCAUUCUGUAGUGAAUCAGUUUGCCCCAAAGAUGCAUGGGUUCUCAUACAAUGGAAUGAUGUGCAGGCUUGUCUUGGCAGCAAUGCAUUAUAAUGAAAAUGGUGGGCGACAUGCUGCUGUUACUAAGCAGGGAAAUCCUUGCUAUAAAAUAACUUAUCCAAAAUUUAAAAAAGGCAGUUACACAGUGCGUCAAGUAAAGACAGAACCUACCUUCAAUUAUGUACAAAAUGUGACAACUAAUGUCACUGCAAGAGUGGUAAAAUGUACCAUGUCACAGGCAAAAGGUGAUGUGUUGAACAAAGUACCUCCUGCACUCUGCAGUGAGUUCAAAAGACCGAAUAAAGUAGUGGCAGUUUCUGACUUUCAGUCGAGGUUUUUUAAUCAACAUAAUUAAAUCCCUGAUAAACUCCAUUCUGUGAAGGAUAUGUUUCUCUGAUAAGAUGAACUGCACAUGAUGGGAGUGGAACUCUGACAUCUUUGCCUAAAUAUCCCCAGCA